AUGUCGGAUCCAGAUUCUCCUCUUUCACUCAUUUCUUGUUCAGGUUGCGGUGCCCGACUUCAUUCUCGUUCUCCUGGGAAGGCUGGCUUUAUUCCUUUAAAAGAACUUUUAUCGAUCUCUAAACAAACUCAAAGUACUUCCUCACCUACUCUGAUCCAAGUUUCUGCUGAUCCUGAAAGCUAUAAGGGGGUAGUAUUACACCAUAUCCGUAAACAAUGUGAUGCUGUUAUUAUCGUCGUAGCAGACAUGCUGAAUUUGCCGCAUUGUUUAGAUCAGGCGUUAUUUUCGGAUAUUGGGAGCCACAGGUACUUUAUAUUUGUUUUCUAA